UAAAUUAAGGCACACCUACCGUUAUAGCAGUACAGUGCAGGAUCGCGACUUGUAUCUGACUAAAAAUUUUUAAUUGGACUUUCGUUAUUCAUCGGCCGAUAUGAUCAAUCGACAUCGAAUUUUGUUAUUAAUUCUGUGCUCUGCUGCGACAAUUCAUGGCAUUUUAUUAAACGCAAACGACGCCGAAACUUGCAAUUUGUUAUGCAUACAAUGUAACGCUUCCGCGGUAUUUGCGAACGGCCACUGUGAAUGCAAUUUUGCUGAUGACAGUGACAAAGUCUCAGGUGCAGAAUGCAUACAGCGCGUGCAAAGGGAUAUUGAAGCUAUCGAACUGAAUAUGCUUUCCGAGGAUCUGACAGAUGAGGAGCGAGACGUGCGUUCUAUUUUCAAAUACAGGCGUCGUCUCAGACCGGGAGAUGCCGAGAAAGUGGCACAAUAUUUUAUCAAUGGAGGACCAGCGGCUGGUCACUCUCAUUUUGUCAAGAUGUUCAAUGCGACUCGCGAUAGCGCCGAAUCUGCGACAAAUUCGUUUUCGGGCGUGGUUGACGAAAACUCCGCAUCGUACGUCGGUCCGACUAUGGAGGGCGUAGAGAAGUUUACUCUGGCGUCUCCCUUAAGGGCGUUGAAUCCAGCUAUUGCCUAUCCGACAAGCAGAGUGUACGAUCCGCUGUUGGGCUCGAUCGUUCAUCAUCCUCAUCCGCAUGGAUUGCCUCACGUUUUACUCAGAGCGGCCACACUUCCCGCACACGUCUUGCACAAUGUAUUACACCCUCGUGCGUACCAUCGACCUAUGUACCAUCAUGGUAUCGUCAGAAGUGCCAAUGACGGAUCAGAUACGUCGAUUGGUCAAUCGUGUGAAAAUGAUGAUUCUACUACUGCCAAUUUUCCUACCGCCAGAAGUAAUGCAGAUAAACCUGCCGAGCAAAAUGUCGGAUUAACUGAUUCACCGCAGUAUCCAGGGACAUACCUUACAUCCGCAUUGUACCAACCAUUGCAAUAUCAGAAUGUGCCAUAUCAAUAUAGUUAUUACAGUCCUUUGUUGGGCUUGUUCCAACCUAAUGGAUACGUUCUUCAAACUGUACCGCCUUACACGCAAGAUACAUCAGACCCGAUGACUGCCGCGUCUAAUUCAUACUUUUGCAAGAAAAACGCAAAUGGUGAACAAAGAAGCGGAGCUGACAGAACAACACUUUCCAAUGAUGGGACAGAAAAAUCUGUCAUCAAUUCAAACAGCAUUGCUAAAGAAGACAAGAGUACCGAGAAGAAUUGAAACGAUAAGUUAUAAGCAGGACAAAUUAAAUACAUUGUACACACACAUACACCUAAUCUAUUCAAAUUAUAAACUUAAUUUUUUGAUGUUAUUGUCAUAUUUGUACAGCAAGCAAAUUGUAAUGAUUAUUAAAUUUUUUUCUUAACAA